AAAAGGAGUGGCUUUCUGCAGAUAGGCGCCCCUCUCCACCAGAGUAAAGUCUUCUCCUCAGAGGCAGCUCAUGGGAGUGAAAAUAAAACAGACAUUCUGACACACGGACCCGUGGGUGGGGGGGGGCGAGAAGAAAAGAAGAAGAUAAAGCCCCGACUUAAAGCCUCCUUUUGUUCCAGUCAGGCUCGUGUGAGGCUUUCGCUCAACCAUGGCAUCAGCGGCUCCCCAGAAAAGGAUGGUCUCCUCCGUCUUCAUCACGCUGUCGGCCCCUCACCGAGCCACCGUGACACAGCAGCGGCAGCAGCCUGCCCUCCACACCCAGAGCGGCCCGGCUGCGGACAGACAGCACGCCGCGGCCAGAGUCAGCCCCGCAGGUGACAACCUCAGGCGUAAAGCGGAGGACCGAACGCCGUCCAGCGCCCACGGCCCUGGGAACAGCAAAAAGUGGACUCAGGCCGGGCCCCGGGCCACAGCGUCAGACCCUCAGAGUCAACCCCAGCCUGCCAAAGCAGGACCCGCCAAAGUAGACGUGCAGGAGAAAAACAGGAGCUCCACAGAGCUUCUUCCUCCUCCUCCUCCUCCUCCUGACAUGCUACCUUCAUCAUUCUCUGAAGAUUCAACCCUUCCGCCACCUCCUCCAUGCCUGCCAUCUACCCUUCAUCCACAGAGUGCCGACCUGCCGUCAUUUUCCAACAAAGAGCCAGAAGCAUUCUCCUCACCCAGAGGCUCGACCCACGAUAAAGAAACCAACGGGAUUCACAGAAACGGCCAAGACGUGACCGCAGAGAGCAAAGACUUGUGCGGCUUCUGUCGGAAACUCGUGGCUCUUUCUGAGCCUGCGAUUGAAGCCCUGAACAGGAUUUACCACGAGGGCUGCUUCCAGUGCAGAUCCUGCCACCUUCCCCUGGCUGGGAAACAGUACUACAAUAAGGCAGGAAUCCCACUUUGUGAAGGCUGCUAUCAGGCCAGUUUGGAGCUCUGUUGGACGUGCGGGGAGGUUAUCACAGACCAGAUAAUCCGUGCAAUAGAGCGAACGUACCACCCCUCCUGUUUCACCUGCACAACAUGUAAACAGCAAAUUGGAGCGCAAGCGUUUGCUCAAGGGGAGGUUGGUGAAGUUUACUGCCUGCAGGACUACUACAGGAAAUAUGCUCCAAAGUGUAGCGCCUGUGACCAGCUCAUCAUUCCUAUGGAAGAUGGUACUGAUAGCUACACUGUUGAGUGUCUGGGGCGCUCUUACCAUGAGAACUGCUACAGAUGUGAGGUCUGCGACAUCCAGCUCUCCCCUGAACCAAACGAGAACGGAUGCCAUCCUUUGGAGGGGAAAUUGUUGUGCAAAGCGUGCCACGUGAACCUGGUUUCUGGGCAGCAGUAAAAUCAGCUGUACUAACUGCAAGCAAGAACAAAAAAAAAUACAUGAUACACAUGUGCCUUUUCAGGAGGUCAUGCGUCACAAUGCUUCCUCCAAGAGAGCAUUUAAUCACUUUCCAAUAUAUCAGGCUUUCUGAAAAAUGAGAAUCAGCUUUUCUUUUAUACUUGAUAAUUUUGCACUCUGCGUUCUAGACGAAAAUGCAUUGAACAUAUUUAUGCAACUGGCUUUGCGAAAACUAUUUGUAUCAAACUAGUAGAAUCUGGAUCAAGAUGCUCUUAGUCAGCUUUGUACAAAAUAGAAUCAACAUAUUUUAAGCAUUUAUAGAAAAAAAAAUAAGUAAAUAAUAUAUAUAGCCUGUUAUAUCAGAUUCUAAAGCACAUAGUCAUUGGAAAACGUUGCACAUAUGGUAUAUAAGUGUAUUUAGCCAUAAUCAUAUAACUGGUUAUGACAAAGCACAAAUAAAAAAAAUCAAAAGAGGAAAAAUUAGAGGCAAAUAGGUGAACAUCAGAGCCAGCAUUAUUUUCUGCAAUACUAAACAUGAUUUGUCAAACUUUUCAGCUUUUCAACUAAAUUGCUUUAUUUUUUACAGUCCAUAUCUCAAAAUGACUUCUGUAAAUUACAGAUUUGUUGAAAUAUGUUGGAACAACUUAUAAAAUCUUUUUUCUAAGAAAUCUG